AAAUUGAAUCGGCACCCCUCCAUCCCAUCUAAUAUUCCCGACUCGCCAUCACGCCCCACAUCACACUCCAUCACCCCACAUCACAGCUCCUUACCCCAUCCACACCCAUCAGCAUCAUCAUCCCCACGCUUCAUCCCAAUCCCCAACUAAUUGCCUACCCUCUCUCCUCCCCCAGCCCCCUAGAUCAUCCCCCUCCGCCCCCCGCCCUCUGGAAUCACAUGCGCUUCACAUGGGCACACCCCACUGAGAGGCAAGGGUGAGUGGCUGGGUAAGUGAGUUCGGAGCGGAGAUGACUCAGAUGAUCUUGGGACUCGCUUAGUCCUCAAAAUAUAGCCUCAGUUUUAUCGAUAUUAUCACUCUGUCUGACUUUAUUGAGACGGGACACAGGUUUUUAGUGGCGCGUCUCACUUUCCCGAGCGUCUAUUAAUCCGCAGGAUACCGUACAAUACUACAUACUCUUACAGGGUACUUGAUUGCACCUUGAGGAUAUACGGUACCGGACAUUAGAAGAUAGCUCAACAUUCACUCUGCCUGGCGUGAUUAUUUUAAAGAGCACGAUAGGACUUUUUAUAUGUUUAUCCGAGCAGACAAAGGACAAUUAUAACGCGUUUUUAACAACAAGUUACAAGAGUAAAGACGACGUUUAAAAAAUCCAAAUCAAAAUUCACUCUGCAAACUCGAAUGACUUAAGCACAAUCGCCUUGUUCACUUUUAAAUUCGUUUUCGGAACUCGCGUGGAGUUGUAAACAUUGUAAUUUUAACGCCCAUCGCUGCUGUUGUUUUAAAAUUGGUGGGGUUCCGUAUAUAUAUAAGCGUCAAUAAAAAUUACCGUUGCUUUCAAUUUCGAGAGGUCAUGGAUCGAUCUUACAGGCCACAUUUAACCACCUUAGAGUGAUAAUUAAGUAGAUUGUAUUAUUUCUUUGAACAUUGGACAACCAGCAUCUUCAUCUUCAUCAUUAUCAUCAUCAAAUUAUAUUGUGGUAUAUCGUCAAAAUUGAUCGUAGCAAUAUUUUUUUUCUUGAGAGUGUCUGUUAGACACUGACCAAGAUCAUGAUGACUUUAAUCGUGUCCUAAUUUAAUCGUUGACACCACUGUCCUCAUCGAUAUCGUUAUUCGAUAUUGGUUACAAUCAUUAUCAAUCAUAUUCAUCAUCAUUCUGUUUGAGUAUUUAAUAUAAAUGAUUUUUUAUCAACCGUAAUCAAACUUCAUGGUAGUCUAUAGACAUCGUCACCAUGACAGAAUAUCGACAAUUCAAUUUAAUUGCAACAUCAUCACCAUUAUCAUCUCAAUAGGACAUCAGCACUGUCAUCAUCGUCAUCAAUAGGGAAUCACCUUUUUGACCUAUUCACUAUCUUCACUAUCAUCUCAAUCGUGCAUCACCGCUAUCACCAUCUCAAUAGGGCAUCUAUCAAUCGUUUACCAGUAUUUGACGUGCCAGACUCGCCCUCGGCAAAGUAGGCGUCAGUGCACAUUUACAGCAGGACGUGAAUGAACCUCGGCGGCUAACACAGACCCUGAGCAUCGUCACCUUCUGUGACCAUCCUCGCCACCGCCAUCACCAGCCCGUGCCCUCCACGCGAGGGCCGCACGCGUGGCGUGACCGUGCACGCCGCCACCAUGCACGCCGCCACCAUGCACGUGGAUCGCCUCUUCAAGGUGCUCGUGGUGGGUGACCCCGUGGUGGGCAAGACCUCCUUCGUGCAGAGAUUCGUGCACGACGACUACACCAGGCACUACCGCGCCACGGUGGGAGUGGAUUUCGCUCUGAAAGUCAUCCAAUGGUCCGAGACUGAGACGAUCAGACUCCAACUAUGGGACGUAGCAGGGCAGGAGCGGUUCACGUCCAUGACACGGCUCUACUACAAGGACGCUGCUGGUUGCAUUGUGAUGUUCGACGUGGCCUCCCUGCCCUCCUUCCACAACUGCCUCAAGUGGAAACGCGACCUCGACUCCAAGGCCUUCCUGCCCGACGGGAGGCCCAUCCCGUGCAUCCUGCUCGCCAACAAGAGCGACUUGCCCGACUGGGCUAUGAGCCGGGCUGAGAUCGAGCAGUUCAGCCGGGACUCGGGGUUCCUGGGCUGGGCGGAGACGUCCGUGAAGAUGAACCACAACAUCACGGACUCCAUACGGGUGUUGGUGGAGGAGAUGAUGUGUGUGGGAAGUGCCGAGGAGCCGGGUCACCUGUCCGAUGGAGGUUACCUGCAGCUGGGCGCGGAGGACGCGGGGAAGAAACCUCGACGAUGCUGCUGAGGUCUCCUCCCACCGGCGUAGCCGUCGAGUGUGCAGGCGGUGCAACUGCCCCACGGCCUCACGGGCCAGGGUGCAGGGGGGGCCCAGCUGCAGGGCUGCGUCGAAGUUGGGGAAUUUGGACAGGGGCGACCCUGAUUGCAUUUCUUGCACCAGGGCCUGUGCCAACCACACUGCUGUGCAACUGCCUCCUCUGCUGCUGACUGUGCCCAGCACCAAGGUUGGAACCAUCGACACACAGGAGGAAGUACGCGGGUUAAAAUCUGCGGUUUUCAGUCAGGCCGUGAUAGAUUGUUGUCGUUUUCAUCAUCAUCACCAUCACAAUAUUCAUUGUCAUCAUCAACUCCAUCAUCAACAACGACAUAAUUGUUGUCAUAAUUAACUAGACCCCACAUCAUUACCGUCAUCGACACAAGUAUAAUCAUCGUCCACGUCACUGUUAUCAUCAUUGUCAUCGCCAACGUGGCCCUGUAAUGAGCUGUCAGCAUCAUGACCUCCUCAUCGGCAGCUCCAUCAUCAUUUCUCAAGGAUCAAUGACAGCAAACAUCACUUUCUGUAAAGUCAGCGGUGGCCUUCCUGCGGACAAACUGUCUCCCGCCAUAGCAGUGUGGAACUUCCACCACUGGCUCAGGACCGUCAUCGAAGACAGCCCCUGCGCUAAUUUGUGUCAGGGAGACAACUUCGCCUCGAUUCGGUGGAGAGGUGAACUAUUGGAUGGGCCGGGUUGUGAGAUACAAAGAUGGCUCAGGAGCUAACGGUGUAGACACAACCAGAGAAGGCACGUGGGACACACCGAGGCAUUCCACGGACGGACAGAUGGAUGCCAGGGAGGGCAUCCCCCCACGCUUGGUGUUUGGAGUUGAACUUCUCUCCGACUUGGCACCGAAGCGGCGGCCGGUUCAUCCGCCUGCCAGUCGCGAUGGGGGGAACGCGCCAGUGUUCGUGUGCCAGCGUUUGCGCGCACCACCGGCUCCCCUCGGCUCUCUCGUGCCCUCGGAAAACUCCACGCGUUCCUCAACACCAAUGUGUGUGUGUGUUGUGUGUGGCCUUCAAAAGAAACAAAAAUAUAUACAAUAGGUGGCAUAUUCUUGGUUC